AUGUCAGACUUGAUUAGACGUCGUAGGGCGGUGACGACUACACCGAGUUCGGAGCCCCCGGCUCAGCCGGUAUCAGCUGCCACUGCUCCAGCACUGAUGGAGCAGGACCACGUGCUAGCUGGUCCUGGGGGAUCCCAGGCGGCUGCAUCAUCUUCUUCGGUGGUGCAGCUCUUAGCGCUAGGCGGCGACACCGGCCCGCUACCACCACCGACACCACAUCGACUGACUGUACUGGUGCCUCGGGGGCACCUCCAGGUAAUACCCUUCCACUUUCCCAAGAGGAACACCCGAGGGCCGUGUCGGCAGCUGAAGACGGCGAAGGUCACCCGGGUGACCAACAGUCGUAUCAGCAUCGGAUAUGACGAGCGCCAUCGGGCUGCACCGACGGCGGACUUGCAUAGCUCCUUGGCCCACGACAUUGGCCACGUCGUUCGGACCCAUUGCCCGAUGCAAUGGAAGUCUUGGAAGGUCAUGCCUGACGAGAUCAAGAUGCAAGUUCGCGGCCAGUUGUCGACGAACUACGACUUAGAGGACAUCAACGAGGAGACCUUGGCGUACGUCAACAGACUCUUCGGUGAGAGGUACAAGCAGUGGAAGAGCGACUUGCACCACCAUUUUCAGGCGUUUGAUGAUCCGAAAGUCGCUCUUCAGGAGGGUUGCCCGAAGGAGCUUGAGGGGUGGGAGGAUAGUUGGGCGUGGCUCUGCGCUCAUUUUCAGGCGCCCGAUUAUGUGAAUAAAGCCCAAGUGAAUAAGGGCAAUAGGAAGAAGAAGACUCUUCUCCACCAUUCCGGCUCCAGGCCCUUCUCAUAUAGGAUGGAUGCACGGCGUUGGACGACGAUGGUGGAGAGGAGCCAGUUGGUUCUUCAAGAGUCCGCCUCCCAACUUCCUCCCGAGACUCCGAUCGAGUCUGUGGAUCCUCCACAUGAUGCUGGAUUUCAGAUUUUGACGCAGACGUUGGAUCAGACUCUCGGGAGGAGGCCGGGAACGUAUUGUAGGGGGAUGGGGAAUGCCCGACAGAGGGAACCUCGACCGCGGUCAUCGUCGCAGGCAAACAGUUAG